UCUCUCUCUCUCUCUAAUAAAAAAUUGGUCAGCAAAAAUAGAUUGCGAGAACAAGAUGCCUUCGGCGGCAGCAGCAGCAAUACCAAUACCAAACUCCCCUAUAUUCUCACCAUCAGCCAUGGUUUCUCCAUUGUUGUGCAAACCCUCCAAUUCUUCUCCUCUAACCCUAAACCUCCACCAUGGAUCAUCAUCACCAUCGUCAACGCCAUCAAAUUCAUCAUCGUCUCCGGCGUGUCUGUUAUCACCUCUAACGCUACCGCUGCACAGCCCGCUGAAUGAUGGUCUGGUUUCUUUUUCUUCUUCUACUUCGCCGACUCUUUUGAACAGGAAGAGGCCAGCGAGGAUCAACAUUCCAACGCCUUCGUUGAAUUUUCCGGCGGCUGUGGUGGAUGGGUUGUUGAAUGAGGUGGAGUUUCAGGGUGAUGGUUAUUUUGUCUAUUGUAAGAGAGGGAAAAGGGCUGCCAUGGAGGAUCGCUAUUCGGCCCUUGUUAAUCUUCUUGGAGAUUCUAAACAGGCUUUCUUUGGUGUUUUUGAUGGGCAUGGAGGGGGAAAAGCUGCUGAAUUUGUGGCAAACAACCUAGAUAGAAACAUUAUGAAGGAAGUGAUGAGUAGAUGCGAAGAGGAAAUCAUAGAGGCAAUGAAAGAUGGGUACCUUUCCACAGACGCGGAGUUUCUAAAGGAAGAUUUAAGUGGUGGUACUUGUAGCGUCACGGCAAUGAUACGUAAUGGCAACCUUGUUGUCUCAAAUGCUGGUGAUUGUCGUGCUGUUUUGAGUCGAGGAGGGGUUGCAGAGGCCCUGACAGAUGAUCACCGGCCUUCCAGGAAAGACGAAAGAGACCGAAUUGAAAAUCAGGGUGGCUAUGUGGAUUGUUGCAAUGGAGUUUGGAGAAUACAAGGAUCUCUUGCUAUAUCGAGAGCAUUUGGGGAUCGACAUCUUAAACAAUGGGUAGUAGCAGAACCAGAGACAACAUUAUUAAGAAUUAUACCUGAAUGCGAGUUCUUAAUUCUUGCUUCUGAUGGACUAUGGGACAAGGUUAGUAUUCAGGAGGCAGUAGAUGUAGUUCGCCCUUCAUGUAUAGGUGUUGACAAAUCGGAGUCAAUUUCUGCUUGUAAAAGGCUGGUUGACCUAUCAGUAAUGAGAGGUUCCAUUGAUGAUAUAAGUGUCAUGGUGAUUCUAUUAGCCCACUUUCUUCCAUAAUUGAUAGGUUGAUAAUACAUAUAAUCUUUUUCAGAAUGUUCCCAACCUCUCAAUCAAUUGUAUCAUCUAUGCAUGUUUUUCACAUUUCUUCCCCCAUAGAGUUUUUUUAACAAAGUUGUAACGGGAAAGUGAGGGAAGAAGUGUUUUUUUGUGUGUAAAUUAUAUCCCAUUCUAAGUGAAUGGGUGAUGUAGUGGAUGCCAAUUACCAACAUUAGGAAUUUUA